GGGGGUUUAGUGCGCGGGGCGGAGAAGGCAGCCAGCCAGCGCCCCCCACCGGCUGCCCAGCCCCACUGCGUGGGGCUGAGAGGGGCAGAGGCAGCUGAUGCUAUGGGGGAGAAGAAAGGGAGCUGGAAACAAUGUUUUUGCUGUGCUGGCCCUCCGCAAACAAAAUCUUCAAUAAGUAUAAAUAUAAACAAUGUUGAGCCAGAGGAACCUGCUGAGGAGGCAGAAGAAAUAAAACAGCAAAUUGCAGAAGACUCAUUCUGUGCUGAUGUCCAGGUGCAAACUUCCUAUGUCGAAAUGCCACCAGGAGAUAGGUGGCGUUGGUCGCGAUUACAAACAGAAGCUCAGGUGCAAACCUCAAAUCUUGAACUACCAGACGAAGAGACUUUCCUCCCAUUUGAAAGUGAGGUCCAGGUACAGACCUCAGAUCUUGAAAUAUUAGAGGAGGAGACUUCAUUGCCAUCGCAAACGGAGGCCCAGGUGCAAACAUCACUUAUUGAAGUACUAGAUACGGAGAGUUUAUUCCCCAUCGAAAGUGAGCCCCUGGAGCAGACCCCAGAUCUUGACUUUCAAGACAUGCAGGUGAAGAAUUUAUUCCCAUUAUUUGUUGAAGUUGAAGUGCAAACCUCAUAUGUAGACAUACCAGCAGGGAAUAAGUGGCGUUCGACACGACUACAAGCCGAGGCCCAAGUGCAAACCUCAAAUCAUGAAUUAUUAAAGACACUUCCUUCCCUCUCACAAAAGGAAGCCCAGGUGCAAACCUCCAAACUUUCAAUAACAGAAGCAGAGGAGGUGCCUCUUUUCCCAUCACUAACCGAGGCCCAGGUGCAAACUUCAAGACUUGCAUUAACAGAAAUGGAGGAGGAGGUGGCCCCAUUCCAGGUAGAAGAAAAGCCUGUCCCCACAACUCAAAGUGAAGCUGCUGUGCAAACCUCGUAUGUGGACAUACCAGCAGGGAAUAAGUGGCGUUCGACACGGCUACAAGCUGAGGCCCAGGUACAAACGUCAAGUAUUGAGUUACUGAAGACGCUUUCUUCCCUCUUAGUAACUGAGGCCCAGGUGCAAACGUCAAGUAUUGAGUUACUGAAGACGCUUUCUUCCCCAUCGCUAACCGAGGCCCAGGUGCAAACCUCCAAACUUGCAGUAAUAGAAGCAGAGAAAGUGCCUCUUUCCUCCUCACUAACCGAGGCCCAGGUGCAAACCUCCAAACUUGCAGUAACAGAAGCAGAGGAGGUGCCUCUUUCCCCUUCACUAAUCGAGGCCCAGGUGCAAACCUCCGAACUUGCAGUAACAGAAGCAGAGGUGGAGGAAGCCCCAUUCCCAAUAGAAGAAAAGCCUCUCACCAAAACCGUAGCUGACGCUGCUGUGCAAACCUCAUAUGUGGACAUACCAGCAGGGAAUAAAUGGCGUUCGACACGGCUACAAGCUGAGGCCCAAGUGCAAACCUCAGGUAUUAAGUUACUGAAAAAGCUUUCUUCCCUCUUAGUAAACAAGGCCCAGGUGCAAACGUCAAGUAUUGAGUUACUGAAGACGCUUUCUUCCCCAUCACUAACCGAGGCCCAGGUGCAAACCUCCAAACUUGCAGUAACGGAAGCGGAGGAGAUGCCUCUUUCCCCCUCACUGACUGAGGCCCAGGUGCAAACCUCCGAACUUGCAAUAACAGAAGCAGAGGUGGAGGAAGCCCCAUUCCCAAUAGAAGAAAAGCCUCUCACCCAAACCGUAGCUGACGCUGCUGUGCAAACCUCAUAUGUGGACAUACCAGUAGGGAAUAAGUGGCGUUUGUCACGGCUACAAGCUGAGGCUCAGGUACAAACAUCAAGUAUUGAGUUACUAAAGAAGCUUUCUUCCCUCUUAGUAACUGAGGCCCAGGUGCAAACGUCAAGUAUUGAGUUACUGAAGACGCUUUCUUCCCCAUCGCUAACCGAGGCCCAGGUGCAAACCUCCAAACUUGCAGUAACAGAAGCAGAGGAGGUGCCUCUUUCCCCCGCACUGACUGAGGCCCAGGUGCAAACCUCUGAACUUGCAAUAACAGAAACGGAGGUGGAGGAAGCCUCAUUCCCAAUAGAAGAAAAGCCUCUCACCAAAACCGUUGCUGCUGUGCAAACCUCAUUUGUAGAUGUACCAGUAGGGAAUAAGUGGCGUUCGACACGGCUACAAGCUGAGGCCCAGGUGCAAACGUCAAGUAUUGAGUUACUGAAGAUGCUUUCUUCCCCAUCGCUAACUGAGGCCCAGGUGCAAACCUCCAAACUUGCAGUAACAGAAGCAGAGGAGGUGCCUCUUUCCCCCUCACUAACCAUGGCCCAGGUGCAAACCUCCAAACUUGCAGUAACGGAAGUGGAGGAGGUGCCUCUUUCCCCCUCACUAACUCAGGUCGAGAUGCAAACCUCCAAACUUGCAGAAGCAGAAGCAAAGACGACCUUUCCUUCCCCAUCACAAACUGAGGUUCACAUCCAGUCUUCGUAUUUUGAAGUACCAGAGUUGGAGGAUGAGAUGCCCACAACCCCAAUCAAAGAGAAGCCCCUCCCCCUAACACUGAUGGAGGCCCAGGUGCAAACUUCGUAUGUAGACAUACCAGCAGGGAAUAAGUGGCGUUCAUCACGACUACAAGUGGAAGCCCAGGUGCAAACCUCCAGGCUUGAAUUGCCAGAGGCAAAAGAGAAGGCUCCUUCUCUAUCCCAAACACAGGCUGAGAUGCAAACCACCAGGGUUGAAAUAACAGAAGAGAAAGCAGCACCUCUGACUCCUCCAGAUCUUAAAAUAUUAGAAGAGGAGACGCUGAAGGAGGAGGUAGAGCUGAAGCUUCCAUGCCCUGAAUAUACUGAGGCCCAGGUGCAGACCUCGCUUGUUGAAAUACCUGUGGGGCAGAAGUGGCGUUCAUCCCGUUUAUGUACCGAGGCCCAGGUGCAAACUUCAUAUCAAGAACUCCCAGUUGUGAAGAGCAAGACUUUGCCCCCACAAGGUACUGGGGUGGUAAAGAAGGUCACUGAGCGUGCAGCAUCAAAGAAACUAGCAAAAACCUUGACACGAGCAACACCAGUAUCUGUGCACUUACAUGUAAAGAUGACUCCACGGCGCCGGAAUGGGAAUAAAAAGAACUAGUAAAAACUUGAAUUUAAACAAAUAAAACCUUGUAAAAUAACAAA